AUGGACUCACGAAACGACGAUUCAGGCCAAAAGCGUGUUUUGAUCGUGAAUUCCCCUCAUGGUACUCUAUCCGAGCGCAUCGGCCGGUGGUCUUCACGCCAGAAGCUCAACAUCCCAUUGGACGAGACUACCAAGCGUGGCCAGGGUCGAUUUGCCAAUCAGCUCUUCAAUGUCUCACGAAACAUCUCUCAUGAUGCGAGAUCCUUCUUCUAUUCGCGUAACAAAGUUCGAUUCUAUGGUCUGGGGGCCCGGGGAAUUCCACAUCUUUCUGCGAUGACAACCACUGCUCUCCGGUCACUCUGUGAUAUCUGA